AUGCCUGGAGGAAACACAGCACCCGGGGCGUCCCCCACUCCCCUAACCACACCCCGGCAACUUCGACCCACUCAGCCCCACCAGAUCCACCCCAGUAAGCUCCCAGCCACUCCAGCCCCAGCGCACACACACCAGCCUCCCCAACUACCCUCCAGCCUAACGCCACCACCGCAACCCUACCCCACAUCACACCGCACCCAGCACUACUCAGCCACCGCCCACAGCCGCCCCACCAGCAGUCACGCCCCACAUCCAGACCCUCUCCCCGACCACCCACUCACACCUCCCAGCCCCCCCCAUCAACACCCCCCCCCCAGCCCGAACCACCCCACCAGCCACCCCACCCACACCUCCAACGUCCCGCAACACCCCCACACCCCCGCCACCCCGCCUCACAGCCCCAGGCCAAAUCCACCCACAGCCAACGACCGACAGCCCACCCCCGACCCGCUCAGCCACACCCCCCACGUCCCAGACCUCACCCGCACGCCCAGCGCAUCAAGUCUCCCCCUCAGCCCUCAUCACCCCCACCUCUCCCACCCCCAUCCCACACCCUACCCCACGCCCCCCCCCCACAACUCAGCACACCCCCCACCCACAGUCCCCAGUUUGACUUCUUUUAAAAAGGUUUUCAAAGUUGAGAAAAGACUGCUUCAAUAA